UCGCGCAGCCUCUUGAACGCCUCCGCGAACGCGUCUCGCUCAUUUCCGAUGCGCCAAACAGCGUGAGAGCACGGCAUGAGACUGCUGCUGCUGCUGCUGGGCUUGGCGCGCGCCCUGAUCGCCACCGAGGGCCUGACCGCGGCGACCAGGGCGCCACCACCGCGGACGGGUCCCCUGCUGGAGAAUGCCGUGACUCCAGCGGCCUGGAGCCGAGUCAAGGCCUGGCGCUUCGAGGAGAGCACCCCGAAGGACUGGCUGCCGCCCGACGAGGGCUUCCUGGAGAUGCCCAAGCCCAAGAAGGCGGCGCCGAAGCCUCCGCCCAAGACGGCCGUGGCCAAGCUGGUCGGGGCACUGCAGAAAACGACGACGAGGAAGCCGCCGACGAAGCCUCCAGGGCGGUCCAGCACGCCGAGGAGGCCGACGACCACCGCGCGGCCCGUGCGGAAGGCCCGCAGCGCGCAGGAGGACGAGGAGCCCGCCAGGUUCGGCCGGCGUCUGAUGUCGCUGCCGGACGAGCUCCAGGCCCAGGCCGUAGUCCGGCGCAAACGGAAGGCGGACGUCUUCUCGGCGAGCCUCUCCUCCAUGGAGGGCGUCUUCCCGGGCGGCGCCCAGGACGCCGCCGUCAAGGAAGUCAUGAUGCUGCGACGCCGGCGGAAUGUGUCCGGACGGCGCGAGCGGAGGAACAAUCAAGACCAGCACAACAACCACCAGGACCAACACAACAACCACCAGGACCAACACAACAACCAGGACCGCCACAACAACCACCAGGACCAACACAACAACCACCAGGACCAACACAACAACCACCAGGACCAACACAACGACCACCAGGACCGCCAGAACGGCCACCAGGACCAUCGCAACGACCGCACCCACCCCCAGAACCACCACCACAAUCAUCACAACGACCACCAUCAUCACCAUGACGACCACCACGCCCACGCCCCUGAUUACACCGACAUCAUCGGUGACCUCCACGACGGCGGCGGCAGCGGGGACGGCAGUGGUGGCGGCCAGCCGGAAGAGGAGGAGGACGAGGACGCGCCUCACCGGCAGGACCCCGGCGGCAGGGCGCAGCUGCCGCAGUGGCCCGACGAAGGCCGCGAUCGGCCCCGGGACGGCGACAGGCUCCCCGACGUGGGGCCGGGAUGGGCUCCCGGGGAGCGCGGCCCAGGACGCGGGCCUGCAGGACCCCCAGGACCUCCUGGACCUCCAGGACCUCCGGACUCGUACCUGGGGGACGGGGACGGCUUCUGGGGAAACGAGGACGCCUUCAUGGGGGACAACAACGCGUUCCACGGCGGAGGGGGUGGUAACCCUAGAGGGAGGGAUUCCUACCCAGGCGAUGGGGGUGGCAACCCUAGAGGGAGGGAUUCCUACCCAGGCCGUGGGGGUGGCAACCCUAGAGGGAGGGAUUCCUACCCAGGCGAUGGGGGUGGCAACCCUAGAGGGAGGGAUUCCUACCCGGGAGGGAGGGAUUCCUACCUUGGCGGCGGAUCGUGGCCGUAGCGUGUCGGGAUGAAAAACGCUCGAAAUACACGAAAACCUUUGCCUGAACGAUUCCACCCUCCAUUGCCCCUCGCAACAGGCAACCCAACUGCCUCCGUCGGCGAAAGUGUGGCCGGCCCCUCGCCUCUCCACAGGGGUCUGCACAGUGCAGCGGACCGCGACCCAGUGCGGACGAGACGAAGAGCAGCCACUGUUAGAAAAACUUUUACAUAUUUUUGUUAUGUUUUUAAGUAACUUUUUUAACGAAAUAAAAAUGCUUUUGUAGUUUGCUUUUA